AUGUCUAAACAGUUUGUUCGUUCUGCAAAGAACAUGAUGAAAGGUUACUCAACCACUCAAGUCCUUGUCAGAGACGCUACAUCCAAUGAUUCCAGUAACCCUAGUUUUGAAAUCCUUUAUGAAAUUAGUAAAAGAUCCUUUGAUUCAGUGGAUUUCUUCGAAAUUAUGGAUAUGCUUGACAAAAGAUUGAAUGACAAGGGUAAAUAUUGGAAACAUAUCGCUAAAUCAUUGACUGUAUUGGAUUAUUUAGUUAGAUUUGGUUCAGAAAAUUGUGUUCUUUGGUGUAAACAAAAUUUGUACAUUAUUAAAACUUUAAAGGAGUUUAAAUUAGAAGAUGAUAACGUGGAUGAAAGUUCCAUUAUUAGAGUUAAAGCAAAGGAAUUGACGGCGUUAUUGCAAGAUGACGAAAGAUUGAAAGAGGAAAGAAGUAUUAAUUUGAAAAAUAACAGAAGAAGUGAAAGAAAAAAUAGAAGUAGAAGAGGUACUAAUGCCACAAGGAGAGGUACAAAAUCAGAUGAAGAUUUACAAAAAGCUUUAGAGGAAAGUAGAAUAACUGCUGAAGAAGAUGAACGUCGUAGAAGAGAAUUGGCUCAAUAUGAUAAUCAAGAUACUGAUUAUCAAACUGCUUUACAAUUAAGUAAAGAAGAAGAAGAAUUGAAAAAAUUACAAGAAUUACAAAGAUUACAACAAUUACAACAGCAACAACAACAACAAAUGCAAUUUCAACAACAACCACAACAACAAGAACAAGUAUAUUAUGAUAUCUUUGGUAAUCCAAUUUCUCCUGAAGAAUAUUUACAAUUUCAACAACAACAACAAGCUUUUGCUCAACAACAAGCUUUACAACAACAGCAUUUGGAACAACAAAGAUUAGCUGAAGAACAAUAUAGACUCUUGCAACAGCAACAGCAACAGCAACAGCAACAAGCUUAUACUCAACAACAACAAUCCUUGCAACCUUUACCAACGGGCUCCAAUAAUCCAUUUGCAUUAAAUGCCACAAUCAACACUUCACCAAUACGUCCAGCGGAACAACAACCACAACCACAAUUCACGGCACCUCAACAGCAACAACAACCACUACAACAACCAUUAAAGCAAACGAGAACAGGGAACCAAUCUAUUUCAGACAAAUACAAUGAAUUAAACAACUUAUUAGCCUCAGGGACAGGAAUCGAUACAUUCGGUAACACAGGUGAUCAACGUAUCCCAGCACAACAUACUCAAACUGGUACAUUCAUUAAUUCUCAAGGAACAGGAUAUAAACAAAUUGUUAAUGAUCCUGUCAAGAAGAAUCCAUUCUUGAAUAAUCAAUAUACAGGCUUACCAAGUUCAAAUAUUGUCCCAUCUCAUACUGGCUACGGAUUCGGUAAUGGUCCUCAACAAGGGCAAGGACAAGCACCACCGCCACAACAACAACAACAACAAUCCCAACAAAGUUUUAGUUUGAUCGAUUUGUAA